AAGCAAACACAUCUGCCUUGCUUCACUGACCAAACAGGAAUGUUAUUUAUAGGAGAUGCUAUAAUACAGGUUAAUGGUAUAAAUGUAGAAAGUGCUACCCAUGAAGAAGUGGUACACCUACUGCGAAAUGCUGGCGAUGAAGUUACCAUCACUGUUCAGUACCUCAGGGAAGCUCCAUCAUUUUUAAAGCUCCCAUUAGGUUCCCCUGGACCAUCCAGUGAUCACAGCAGUGGGGCUUCAUCACCUCUCUUUGACAGUGGCUUACAUUUAAAUGGAAACUCAACGAACACCGCUCCAUCAUCACCUUCUUCACCCAUAGCUAAUGAACCAAAAUACGAGAAGCACUGGCUAGACACCUUAUCAGUUCCUCUGUCAAUGGGUCGAAUCUCAAGGUACAAAGCUGGAACAGAUAAAUUAAGGUUUGUAAUCUAA